CGCAGAGGGGAGCGAGCGCUCGCGGGCCGGGGCGGAGGGUUGGCUGCGCGGCGGGGCUGAGGCGGCCGCCGGGCCCAAGCGCAGGGAGCGGAGCUUGGUUUCGGGAUCUCGGUGCUGCAGACGGCGAGACCUCCUGCACAGGGUGUACAGCAAGCCGUGAUUCCUGGGGAAACUAAAAAAGCUCUCUGGACAACGAGGCCCAGAGCUAAUGGCAGACAAUGUCAGCCACUAACAACAUUGCCCAGGCCCGGAAGCUGGUGGAACAGCUACGCAUCGAAGCUGGGAUUGAGCGUAUCAAGGUCUCCAAAGCGGCGUCUGACCUCAUGAGCUACUGUGAGCAACACGCCCGGAACGACCCCCUGCUGGUCGGAGUCCCUGCCUCUGAGAACCCCUUUAAGGACAAGAAACCUUGUAUUAUUUUAUAACUGUGUUCUCAUAUGUUCUCUCUCUCUCUCUCUCUCUCUCUCUCUCUGUCUCAGGCAGGACAUCAUUCAUUAAUUAGCUCAAACAAAACAUCUCAAGUCCCCAAAACCUUUAAUUCGAAAAGAAAUCCCCCCUCCCCCCACAAAAAAGGCGUUCCCACCGCCCGGAUGGGGUAGAAUGGACCUUGUAGGUGUAGAUGGAUCUUCAGGUCCGACCCCAUGGCCCUCUCAGUUUGGGCCAAAAGGGAUGGAGGCUUUACGGCCGCUUCCCGUUCGGAAUAACUGAAAUCCCCCAGCGAUGGGGUAACAAUUUUUUAAAACUCUCAAUUGCCGUUUGGACUGUGGACCGGCGCCGAGGGGGAAAGGGAGGUGACUUCGCCCGGUGGCAAUAGUUCCGGGAGAAUUGGCCAUUGGUAAAGACUUCAUAUUCCUAGGGUCACUGGAAGGCUUUGUGUUGUUUUUAAGUAGAGGUAAAAUUGAGGUGUGGGGGUGGGGAGGUGACAUCAUGAAGUUUUUUGGAAAUAUCUCUCCAUUUAAAAAAUUGUUACUCCAUACGGCUAAACUCGGAUUGUGAUGGUUGAACCCGUCGCUAAACUGCACCAUCAUGCAAUAAAUGCACGAUGGAGUGUGGGGGUUGGGAGGGGGCUUUGUCUAUGAAAAGUUGCGAAGUGUGACUCCCCUGCAUGAUGUUCGCCAUGGGUCCUUUCUGCAGGGUCCCCUCUGUGCCAGAAACGGGUUUUCAGGACUUGCCCCAGGGGAGCCGACACCGGCCCGGCCCAUCACGUUUUUGGAUUUUUUUCUUUUUCUUUUUUUGAGACAGAGUUUCGCUCUUGUCGCCCAGACUGGAGUGCAGUGGCGUGAUCUCGACUCACCGCAAACUCCGCCUCCCCGGUUCAAGCGAUUCUCCUGCCUCGGCCUCCCGAGUAGCUGAGACUACAGGCGUGCGCCACCACGCCCGGCUAAUUUUUGUAUUUUUAGUAGAGACGGGGUUUCACCGUAUUGGCCAGGUCGCUCUCAAACUCCUGACCUCGUGAUCCGCCCACCUCGGCCUCCCAAAGUGCUGGGAUUACAGGCGUGAGCCACCGCGCCCAGCGUGUUUUAAGCACGAGGCAUCCGUGUGGCUGGGAGAGGCUUUGACCGUCCUUGGCUCUUCCAGGUUGUCCUACCCUCUGACGUCCACCAGAGACAUUUUUCAAACAGAAAUGCAGGCUGGGGAGCCGCGGCAGGGCGGGUGGGGCUACCCUGUGCUGCUGUGUGUACAAAAUUGUUCCAUGACCUUGGAGUGACUUUGAAGGACUCUGGGAGGUGAGACGUUGUCCCGGAGAUGGAAACGUCCGCUCAAAACGUUACCCUGUUGCUCGAACCCGAUCUUUUUGCUUUUCCACCCCGUGCAACCCAGGACGGCUGUCUGAGGCCCAGAGAUGCCUUGGACGCAGGAUGGGCCACUCCUCCCAGCGGCAAGUGGAAAUCGAAGACGUCAUGGGGUCAGGGGGAGGCUUCUGAAAGAUGACUGUGUCCUCCUCUGCGGCACGGACGGGAGCAGGUGCAGCCACAUCCUCCAGGGCCUGCCGGCAUCACCUGCGGCCACACCUGAGAUGGGUCCUGAGCAGCCGGGACCCCACGCAGCCCUGAUCACAGGAGGCCUGGCCGCCCCGACCCCCUCCACGGGGCUGGCCUAGAAGCAAGUAGUAGAAAAAAGCUAGCCUAGUCCUGUCCCUCCGGCCCCAGUGGAGACGGGCAUCUAAGAACCCGUGCCGAGAGGGUUCCUGGACGGCUGCCCGGGUCCUCCGUGCAGGCCCGUGAGGCAGGCAUCCCUGCUCAGUUCACUUCCUGGGGUGACCGCCAGGGUUCCCACCUCACCAAGGCUAGAGGGCUCCAUGCGUGUGCAGGUGUGGGGGGAGUGACCUCCACUCCUCAACCUCGGGCAGCUCCCACAGGCCACAGCCGGGCUCCUCACCCCAGGCACCCAGCUCUCUACGGCAGGUCCGAGAGGGCUGGGGCUUCGGGGAGCCCUCCCCACCAAACCCACUGUUGGCCCAGGAGAGCCCCUGAGGCUCCUGGAGACUGCAGCCUCCUGUGGUUGGGCUGGGAGCCAGCGGGGUUUGGGGUGUGGGCGUCCCCACCACCCAUAGCAGGAAUGGCAGGACGGGACAAAAGCCUGUUCCAGGGACCCUGGGAGGACCCCAGGCACGGAGACCCUGCCUGCCUCCACCCCUUCCAACGAGCCAUGUUGGUAACUGGGAACAAACACACCCCACCCCGUUUUUCCUUAAAAGAGGCCUUAAUCCCCGAGCCCCCGCUGCCAGGGCAGAGGGAGGAGGGGGCACAGCUGUGCCAAGCCCAGCCCCACUGGUGUGUCCUCACGAUGUGACCCCAGAAAUGCCAGCGUGGAACGGAGGCCGCUGCAGAGACACAGCCCCAGGCAGCCGGGCCUCCUAGGCUGGUGGAGAUGGUGGGGUUAAACCCCGGCUUCCAGGGACACUUAGCUCCAAAGGCCCUAAAGCCACGUCCUCCGGACCCACAGACGGGAUCCUGCACAGAAGUCAGAGAGCCUGGGGUCUGCGCGUUCUAGGUAAACUGAGGCUCGGGGAGGGGAAGGACAGGCUGGCCUCUCCUUCACCGUCCACAGGGCCUUGGGUUCCCUGAGCUGUCCAGACCCCACCAUCUCCAGGACUCCAGGGAGGUGGCCAUUACCAGAAGCCUGUGAGUUUCUUUCUAGCUUGGGGGAUUAAAAAAAUUCUCUACUUUUUUUUCUUUUAGAGUAGACCUCAGUGACCACACUGCAGAAAAUACCUUUGCAGAUGCAGCACCUGAGAGCACACACCAACCGCCUCAUGUGCUUUUCUGCCGGGAAUCCCUGGGGUGAACGAAUGUUUUAUGGGCGUUUCCAGGAGCGUGUGUGCACUUCCAGAUGGGGAGCUGGGGGCGGGGGUAGCAGCAGCAGCUCUAGCCUUGGGGAGACGAGCCUCUCUCAGCCACCCCAGGGGACAAGAGAGUUAAGGACAUUCACCCCCACCCACGCACACACAGAAGGCAGCGUCAAGUGGGAGAGAGAAGGCCCUUUCUCCUUCUGUAGCCUGGGUCUCCGAUGGGCCUUCCCCGGUGCUGAGCAAGACACCAGUUGCCGGGUGAAGGGCCACAGCGGGCCAGCCCCGACCCUGUCGUGACCCACCUGGGCACCUUCCCAGACCGGCUCCGCCCCCCCUGCCCUCCUGUCUCUAGGAAGGAGGCAGAACAUGCACCCCUCUCCCACCCUCCCCAGGGGUAACCCCAGGCCAAGCACAGAUAGCUCAGCUGUGACCUCUGGCCUCUGGGGACAUAUACGGGGCGGCUGGGCCAGGGCGGAAGGUGCUCCUCUUUCCCUCCUUCUGCGUGCUAACUUUGACGGGCGGGCCACCGUGUCCGAGGCACAAUGCUAGGCCUCCAGGCCACGCAUCCAUCUCCAAGUUAACAGCCCCUGUCCUGCCCAAGCUCUGGGGCAGGUAGGAGACGGCCAUCACACACCUGCCCGUGCGUGAGUGACACGGGAGGGGGCUUCCGGGCGCAGGUGGAGCCACCACGCCUUUCCUCAAGGGGUCACUUAUUAAAAAGUCCACGGCCUGAGGCCCGGCCCUCUGCACAGAAGCCAUAUGCCGGCCAGCCGCGCCUCCUCCUCUGUCCACGGAACCGUUGCCGAUCUAAUCUUUCUAAAGACCUGUGUCCUGUUUCCAGCCGCCGCCUGUGGUUCUAGCAGGUUCUAUGCCAUCUGCAUUGGGAUGUCUGGUUGUUUUUAUUUCUGACUUUUUUAAAAUUCCAGGUGUGCCGCACCCACUUUCUCGCAGUGUUUUAAUAUUGUGUGGAGUUGUUGAUACAACGUGAAUUCAUACACAAUAAAAAGCGUCACUCUCCCUUU